AUGUUACCAUAUCCCAUAAAGGAUCCUGAUAGGAAAUGUCUGAAAUCCGGUCAACUGGAAAUAGUGGGUGGAACAGAGACCGUACUUGAUUUGAUAAUCACUAAUAUUACUGUGGAAUAUAUCACUGUCGAGUUUGAAAUUGUCGGAAAUACUGAACGACCUAUCCAAAGGAUAUCUAAGCGUAUAGCUGUUGAUGGUGGACUCCCAGCUGAGCGAGUGGCAGUUGCUAAAGGAAUAUUAAUAGACUUUGUUACUAAGUGUACAAGGCCCUUCUAUGGGAUUAUGUGUGCUCGUCAGUGCUUUGAGGAAGACGGUGCGAAAUAUGUUUGUGAUCCCCAUGGGGAAAAGGUUUGCCUUGUUGGAUGGACGGGAAAGGAUUGCAAUACCGGUAAGUGCCGUCUUUCUCUAGCUUUUGAUGUGAUAUGCCUGUGCCUAGUUGGAUGGACGGGAAAGGAUUGCAAUACCGCCAUGACAGGUGUAUCUACUGAGAAAUUGAGCUCACAUGCACCAAUACUAACCUCUACAAGUACCUCACAUAAAGUAGACCUCAGCUCACAUGCACCAAUAUUGACCACUACAAGUAGUGGUAGGUUACUGACGAAGGAUAUCGAGACAACUACCAGGCCGAAAGUGUUGUUGGUCGAUCCUGAUGUCCAGAAGCCCUCUACACCAUCGCCAGUUGCAACGAAGCAGUUGCCCGAGAAACCAGUAUCCGCAGGUCCAUUAUCAACUGGCAGCACCCCCGUUGCUCAUAUGACCGCAGUUCCAACUUCUACUUCACGUGUCACGGCCCUUCCUGCGAAUUCUCUUAUAGAUCAUGUUCUCGUGCUGUUCUUCGUUGCCAUGUUAAUUGGCGUGAUCAAAUAUGCGACUUGGAAAAUGACUCGAUCUGUAUUAUUGGAAAAUUGGAUCAAUCAAAAGCGAGCCAAGGUUUUUACCACUGAAAGUUCCUCACAUUCACUGAGAAAGGAUGUCACAGAGAAGGUUCGUGCUGGCUAUCAUUCCUAG